AUGAUCAACGUAGCAGGAGUUAUAUCUAUAAUCAUAUUUUAUGUUCUCAUUUUGGGAGUUGGAAUAUGGGCGGGAAGAAAAAAAGAAGAAGGAAAUGAUUCCGAAGAAGAAGUUAUGCUCGCUGGACGAAACAUCGGUUUGUUUGUCGGCAUUUUCACGAUGACAGCAACAUGGGUCGGCGGAGGCUACAUCAACGGGACUGCAGAAGCCAUUUACUCCUCAGGACUAGUCUGGUGCCAAGCUCCAUUCGGCUACUCUCUAAGCUUAGUCUUCGGCGGCAUAUUCUUCGCGAACAAAAUGCGACAACAAGGCUACAUCACUAUGUUGGAUCCUUUACAGGAUUCGUUUGGAGAAAGAAUGGGUGGUCUUCUUUUUCUACCAGCCCUCUGCGGAGAAGUUUUUUGGGCAGCAGGUAUACUAGCAGCCUUAGGUGCCACUCUCAGUGUCAUUAUCGACAUGGAUAAUCGAACUAGUGUCAUCUUCAGCUCUUGCGUAGCCGUGUUCUACACAUUAUUUGGAGGUCUCUACGCUGUCGCUUAUACCGACGUGAUCCAACUGUUCUGUAUAUUCAUUGGGCUAUGGAUGUGCAUUCCAUUCGCUUGGUUGAACGAUCAUGUUGCUCCAUUAUCUUCCAUGGAGGUGGAUUGGAUUGGGGAAGUGAAAAGAGAAGAGUACUUCUAUUACAUUGAUUAUGCAUUGUUGCUGAUAUUCGGCGGUAUUCCGUGGCAAGUGUACUUCCAAAGGGUUUUAAGUAGCAAAUCGGCUGGUAGAGCGCAGGUGCUUUCAUUCGUGGCUGCUUUUGGAUGCGUUUUGAUGGCUAUACCACCUGUGCUGAUAGGAGCCAUUGCAAAAUCUACAGCUUGGAACGAGACAGACUACAAAGGGCCGUAUCCUCUGACAGUCGACGAAACCAGCAUGAUCUUGCCCAUGGUAUUACAAUAUCUAACUCCGAGUUUCGUUUCGUUCUUCGGUUUGGGUGCUGUGUCGGCAGCUGUAAUGUCAUCAGCAGAUUCCAGUAUACUUUCAGCUAGUUCCAUGUUCGCGAGGAAUGUUUACAAGUUGAUAUUCAGACAGAAAGCAUCAGAAAUGGAGAUAAUAUGGGUUAUGAGGGUUUCGAUAUUAAUUGUUGGAUUUCUGGCUACUGUGAUGGCUUUGACUAUCCCGUCAAUAUACGGACUAUGGUAAGUUAAAAUAAACAAUUAUAAGAGUCAUAUAUUUGCUUUACGUCUUCCUUUAUUGUUUUCUGAUGUAUUGAAUUAUCCAAUCUUUACUAUUUAAAUUUUUUUG